AUGACGACCGCUACAACGGAUAGCGUCAGUGCGGACUUGCACGAAGCGGCCGGGUUUCUGGGAACCGACCCACAGCUACUAGCAGCCGUUGACAGCACUGUGGCAGAGCGAAUUGCCGUCAAGGCACACGAAUUCCGCCAACUGCAGGCGCAAAACCUCGAGUCUAGCGUUAUCGUGGACGAACUCAGAUCGGCGUCGUCGCGCAAGCUGGACGCGUGCAAAACGCAGAUUCAAUCGCUACUGCAGGAACUUGAGACGUUGCGCGCUGAAAGCUGCGGUUUUGAAGACACUCGGCGCGCCCUCGAGUCGCAAUGCCAAAAAGCGCAAAAUGAAGCGCAAACAUCACAAUUACACGCACAGACGCUUCUUGAGCAGAAGCAGAUGCUCCAAAGUAGUAAGAAUGACCUCGCCGGUCUGCUCAACGAAAAAAUACAAGAGAGUACUGCCCUCAAACACGAAACAGACACGCUGCUGACAGAAACCCGCCAGUUGCGAGGCAAAUGUUUGGAGCUUGAGACGCUUGCUCGCGACUUCAAAUCUCAGCUGCUGAAUAGCAAGUCCGAUUUUCAUCGACUUUCGCAAGAACUGCAGCUCUCCAAGUCCAAUAACGAAUGGCUUGAGUCUCAACUCGCACAGCAAAAUUCCGCUUUCAACGCUUAUAGACAGAAAUCUCAACAGGAAAUUGCGCAACUGCGCCAGAAGUCCGAGUCUUGUACCGCAGAGUUACAAAGCCGCCUUGAAACUGUCGCUACGUUACGCGACCAAAAUGCCGCGGUCACCAAACACCUGGAGUCCCAACUCGAUAAAGUCAAGCACCUCACCGAUGAGCUUAAUAAAGAAAAGCACGAGUUUGCUCGCGAAAUGGGCUUAAAGCAACGCCUCAUCGACCUGUUGGAAAAUCAAGUCCAGUCUUUAAAAAAUGAGCUGGAACUCAAAACUACCGCUGCUCGUGCAAAUUCGGACUCAUCCGAACUUAUAGAAGAGCUUUCUCAAACAAAAGAUCAACUCGCAGCUAGAGAAUUGGAGAUUCAAAAGCUCCAAGACACUGUUCAGGAGCUUUUAUCUACCACCAGUACCACUGAUAAUGAAAAUCAAACUACUAAUGUCAACACAAUGGCUCGUUCUCCUGAGAAAUCCAUCUCCAUCCCACAACUAUACGGGGAUAUCAGCAUACUAAAAAAACAAGUUAUCCACGAAAAGCGUCAAAAGGAACACCUACAGUACCAAGUUGAAGCUUUCGUCGUUGAACUGGAAAGUAAGGUUCCCAUGCUAAGCUCUUUCAAAGAUCGCAACAGCAUGCUUGAGAGAGAACUGUCCGAAACCGCGUUAAUGUUGGAGUCGGUCUCAGAAGACAAAGAAGGUUUAAGUACCGACCUAGAAAGAGCUCGCACACAACUAAUAGACUAUGAAUCUCAACUGUCAAAGCUUACCCAGCAACGGAGUGAUUUGGCUCAUCAGGUACAAUAUCUACUGAUAAACAUUUCUGUCAAAAAUGAUUCCAAGGGUCCGCUAACUGCUGAGGAGAUGGCAUUUGUGAAAAAAAUCAUUGAUUCCGAGGAUUCUCCAUUACACCACGACACGCAAGAUAUCAUUUCACAAAGAUUGGUGGAAUUUCAAGAUAUUGUGGAGCUUCAAUCCAAGAAUUCGGACCUUUUGCUUACUGUAAGAAGUUUGGCGGAUAAACUAGAAGCAGAAGAACAGCAAGCUAAAAGUAAAACGGAGUCAUUGGAAAAUGACUUAAUAAAUGAUGCUAAAGAAGCAAUCACUACAUUACAAGAUCACGUUCAAGAACUGGAAUCCAGAAUUGAGGUGAUCACUAAGGAACGCGAUGCUUUCAAAGCAGCUCAUUCUUACUCGCCCACAGGCGUCCAAGUUAAAAUGCAAAACGGUACCGGCAAAAGCGACGACUCCGCAAGGGUGGAAGAACUUGCGCACCAUCUACAAAUUGCUAAACAAGAAGCAGAAAAUAAUAUGAAACUGUUGAACUCCGAAAUACAUGAGCUUUUAAAAUCUAAAACCGAACUAUUGGUUGAGGUUGAACAACAAAAAUCUUCCAAAUCUUUGGCAGAGGAGAGACUCAAAAUCGCACAAGGAUCUUUGACUUUAGCCAAACAAGAAUGCAACGAACUGAAUAGAAGAUAUCAUAAGUUACAAGACAAUAGUGCUAAACAAGAUGCCAAGACUCAAGAGACCAUUAGCGAAGUAAUAGAUUGUAAGUCGCAAAUUGCUAGUCUAACUGCUGAGUUGAAAAUUUCGGUCUCAAACUCUGAGUUUUUGCGUUCAUCUCACGAGAAAACGAAAGAAACAAAUGAUCAGUUGAUAAAGGAGCGGAAUGAGCUCUCUAUUUUAGUUGCUCAAUUGCAAACGUUACAAAAGGAAAGAGACACAAAUUUAAAAGAGGCAGAAAAGAAUUUUAAAGAAAAACUAGGCGACUUAGAUGUAGAAAUAAAUCAGCUCCGAGGUCAGCUGUCUACUAAAAACCAAGAGUUCAACGAUUACAUUUCUGCUUCUGACUCCAAGAUCCAAUGGUAUCAAGAAAAGAUAGAUUCUUUAAAUGCGACGCUGACUGCGACAGUUGCCAAACUGAGCACCAUAACUGAAACUAUGCAAAACCUAGAAAGUCAGCAUAAAGUACUUGAAAUUAAGCUUAUGGAAUCUGAAACGAAAAAUCAAUCUUACAGCGUCAUCAAUCAGACCAGUGAUGUUCUCGUUCAAACUGAGACCUUGAGAAAUGAACUUGAAAAGACCAAGAUCAGCUUAAAGGAUGCUUACUCGCAGGUCGAUGAGUACAAAAAUCUUUACACCUCAACUGGUGAGAAUCUCUCUAGUAUAACGGCUGCUUUCGAAGACCUCAAGACCCGGCACAAUGGUGAAAUUGAAGGCAUGAAGAAAAUGGAAGAGAGCCUGAGAGAAGAAAUCUUCGCUUUAAGAAAUCAUCUCUCAGAGCUCAACGCCGAGCUCAAUCAUGAAAAAGAGGAGUACAAUUCAAAAAAGAAGGAUUAUGACGAACAGCUGAAUACCCUGAAAAUAAGUCAAGAAUCGAUCGACGCAAUUAAGCACCAGUAUCAACAGCAGGUGAAUCAGCUCACCUCAGAUUUGAACGAGCAGGCUUCUUUUGCUAACAAAGCUCAAGAGAACUACGAGCAAGAAUUGCAGCGACAUGCGGAUGUCUCAAAAACUAUAAGUCAAUUAAGGGAACAAUCGCAGACCUACAAAAACGAAGUUCAAUCUUUGAAAUCCUCAAAUAAGGAGUUCCAGAGGAUUCUAGAAGAAAACGAAGAAUCUUGGGCACGCCAGAAACAAAACUAUGAAAGUCGAUUAGACACGAUGAACCAAAGAGUGGAGGACCUUCUUACCCAAAACCGAUUGCUUUUUGAUCAGCUAGAUUUGAAAUCUAUCAGAGAUACACCUGAAAAUGAUCCAAGUGGUAUGCAAAGUGAUAUUCGCGAACUUAUAUCAACACUUAGAAGGGAAUGUGAUAUUUACCAAACAAAAUUAGAGGUUGUUAAGAGGGAUGAAAGUCUCCUGCAACGCAAGCUACAAAUUUCUGAGGCGGAACUGCUCGCGGCGAAAGAAGAGCUGAACAACUAUCAGGCAAGUGCAGACAAAAACUCUUACCUGGCAGAAGAGCACAAUAAAAUAUUGGAACAGUUGAAUCAAUUAAAUCUAUUGAGGGAAAGCAACAUCACGCUGCGGAAUGAUCUGCAAUCAAAGUCAAAGCAGAAUCAAACGCUCGCAGCCAAAGUAGAAGAAUUACAAGCUGUAAUCAAUCCCCUAGAAAGUGAGUUGUCGUCAUUGAAGCGCUCUAUGGCAACCAAAGAUAAACAAUUAAGUUUAAUGAGUGAAGAAACAGAGCGUUGGAAGCAAAGAUCUCAGGAUAUUCUACACACCUACGAACGCGUGGACCCAGAAGAACACAAAAAGAUGAUCGAUGAGCUAUUGCAAAUCAAAAAUGAGCUAGCAGAAAAAACGGAUCAAAACACCGAGCUCGAGGAUCGAUUCCAAAGGCUCAAAAAGCAAGCAAGGGAACGUCUGGACACUGCCAGAGCAGCACAAACUUCUCUGGCAACUGAAUUAGCCGAGUUGCGUGAAGCUAAAGAUAUUGCGGAGGCUGCUCUUGAAAAAGAGAGAGAAAAUAGCAAAACUUUACAAGGUGUUAUUGAUGCAUGGGAACAAAGCAACACUGCUGGCGACUCAGAAAUCCAAGGUGACUUAAACGCUGCCCUCCAAAAGCUAGCGGAUUCUAAUGCCAAGAUCGAAAAUCUGGAAAAACAACCAAUUGUUAGCGACAAUGAAUUGAUAAUGGAGCUGGAAAGUUUAAAAAAGCAGGUAGUGGAGCUGGAAACCCUUCUAGGCCAAGCGCAAGAGAAAGUUCAAACUCUUGAGAACGCCAAGAACACUUCUAUGGCAGAUAAUUCAGCGGAUAUUGAAAAGGUAAGAACUCAGUUAACAGAACAUAGUGAAAAGCUAAUAGCUGAGAGAGAAGCCCAAUUGAAGAAAAAAUACGAGGAAGCGGAAGCAGAACAAGCGCAGCUCUUUGAACAAAAGCUGAAGGAUGUCUUACAUCAAAGCCCUGAAAAUAUUGAGGGGUUGAAGAAAGAAUGGGAAGCUGAAUUUGAGCAGCUAACACAGAAGAGAAUCGAAGAAGCUAACGAACUACUGAGAAAACGCAUCCGUUUACCAACAGAAGAAAAAAUAAACAAGAUCAUAGAAACUAGAAAGAAGGAGCUUGAACAAGAAUUUGAGGCUAGAGUUCAGCAACGCGCUUCAGAAAUCGCAAGCCAAAACUGCAAAACGCCUGAUUCAGCAGAAAUCACGGGGAAACAUCAACAGGAACUUGAGAAUAUGAAAACAGAGCUAAGAAACCAGAUGGAUGAGGAAAUGGCACAGCUCAAGAAAAAAGCAUUUGACGAGGGUAAACAACAGGCAACAAUGAAAUCCAUGUUCCUCGAAAAAAAAUUGCCAAACUGGAGGCACAACUUAAAUCGAGCAGUGGAAACGAGGCAACCAGUGCCCCAAGUAGUGCAGGUCCGUCUCAACCCGAGAGACCGGGUAGAAUUGUGGAGGUUUUGCCUCACGAGCAAGCAGACUCGCGCGAAGAAUCGGGUGAGCAGAGAGAAGGUCCAUUAA